AUGAAUAAGCUUUUAGAUUUGGGGGAAAGCGAUGUUCGUAUGGUAGGGGUAUGGGGAACUGGUGGAAUAAGUAAGACCACAAUUGCUAAAGCUGUUUAUAAUUCAAUUGCCCACAAAUUUGAAGGUUGUUCCUUUUUGGCAAACGUUAGAGAAAGGUCAACGUCGCAUGAAGGUUUAGCCAAACUACAAAAGACUCUUCUUUUUGAGAUUCUAAGGGGAAAAAAAUUGAAGGUGACCAAUGUUGAUAAAGGAGUCACUAUGAUAAAGGAAUGGUUGAGGCGUAGAAAGGUUCUCUUGGUUCUUGAUGACGUGGAUGACAUGGAACAGUUACACAAGUUAGUUGGGGCAUGUGAUUGGUUUGGUGUAGGCAGUAGAAUUAUCAUAACAACAAGGGAUAAGCAACUGUUAACUGCUCAUGAGGUUAAUUUAAUUCAUGAGUUCAAGAUUUUAGAUAACCAUAAAGCUCUUGAGCUCUUCUAUUGGCAUGCCUUCAGAAGAAGUGGGCCUCCUUUGGGUGAUUAUGUGAAACUUGCAGAACGUGCAAUACGCUAUGCUCAAGGCCUUCCUUUGGCCUUGAAAGUUCUCGGUUCUUGUCUAUGUGGUGGAAGUAUAGAUAAAUGGGAAGCUGCAUUACAUGGUUUCAAAAGCCCGAAAAUUCAAGAUGUUCUCAAAAUAAGUUACAAUGCAUUGGAUCAUAGCAUACAUGAGGUUUUCCUUGACAUUGCAUGUUUCUUUAAGGGUAAAAGUAGAAAUUGUGUGAUAGAAAUACUUGUAGCUUGUGGCCUCAACGCUAGUUAUAGCAUUGAAGUACUCAUAGAAAAGGCCCUCAUAAGUGUUGAACAUGGAGAUUAUAUUCGGAUGCAUGACUUAUUAGAAGAGAUGGGUAAGGACAUAGUUGAGCAAGAAUGUCCGCUCCAAUAUUUUCCACCCAAUUUUCGUCCAAAGGGACUAGGAUUGCUCAAUCUGCCUUACAGCCGCACUAAACAACAAGGGGAGGGAUUGAAGCAUUUCACAAAGUUGACAUCUUUGAAUUUAGAGCGCUCUGAAUUCCUAACUGAAAUCCCCGACCUAUCCGGCAGCCCAAACUUAAGGUACUUGAAUGCUAGUUAUUGUGGAAGUUUAGUUGAGGUUCAUCCAUCUGUUGGAUAUCUUGAUAAACUUCAAGUAUUGGAUUUUUGUGGCUGCCGUGAACUCACCAAGUUUCCAAAUAAAGUUUGGUGGAAAUCUCUGAAAGAGUUGGGUCUUAGAGAUUGCAUAAAGUUGGAGAGUUUCCCAGAAAUUGUGGACAAAAUGAAAUCCUUAAUUGAAUUGGACCUUGGGAGAACUGCUAUAAAAGAGUUGCUUGCAUCAACUGAACAUCUCAUUGGGCUGAAAAUUUUGGUCUUAUCUGGACGUCCUAUAAAAGAGUUGCCUUCCUCAAUUGGACAUCUAACUGCGCUUGAACAGUUAUAUUUAAAAAGAACUGCAAUAGAAGAGUUGAUAAACACAUAA